AUGAUGGCAGCCAAAGCAGGUGUGUUUUGGUGCAAACUCCUCUUGGUUUUGCUGGUGUUGAGCUUAGAGGCGCACGGGAAGACGGUGAAAUACAAAGUUUAUGAGGAGCAGCGAGUGGGCACUGUGAUCGCCCGGCUGAAGGAGGACGUCGCAGGGGUACUGGCCAAACUACCCGCGUCCACGACCUUCCGAUUUCGUGCCAUGCAACGGGGUGACACACAGCCCCUGUCUGUGCGCGAAGAGGACGGGGAGAUCACCGUGGCGAGUAAGAUCGACCGAGAGAAGCUGUGCGAUAAGAAUCUGAACUGCACCAUUGAGUUCGACGUGGUGACGCUACCCACGGAGCAUCUGCAGCUGUUCCACGUUCAGGUGGAGGUGCUGGACGUCAACGACAACUCGCCGCACUUCUCCCGGUCCAUCGUCCCGGUGGAGAUCUCCGAGAGCGCGGCGGUGGGUACGCGCGUCACGCUGGACGGAGCUGUGGACGCAGACGUGGGGGACAACGCGCUGCACACGUACGCCCUGCAGCCCAACAACUUCUUCAAGAUCGAGGUGAGGACUCGUACGGAUGGGGCCAAGUACGCCGAGCUGGUAGUGAUGCGUGAGCUGGACCGGGAGUUGCAGCCCACAUACCAGCUCCUUCUCACCGCCUCUGACAACGGCGUCCCCCCCAAGUCGGGCUCCACACUCCUCAAGAUCACCAUCUCCGACUCCAACGAUAACAGCCCUGUCUUUGACGAACAAGCCUAUGUCAUCAACCUCUCGGAGAAUUCCCCCCUCGGCACGCUCAUCAUUGACCUGAAUGCUACAGACCCAGAUGAAGGCGCCAACGGCAAAAUCGUCUAUUCGUUCAGUGGACAUGUCUCGCCCAAGAUUCUGGAGACAUUCAAGAUCAACCCUGAGAGUGGACACAUCACUCUGGUCAAGAAGGUGGACUACGAAACUACGGCGUCGUACGAGCUGGAUGUGCAAGCUCAAGACAUGGGGCCCAACGCCAUCCCGGGGCUGUGCAAGAUUGUGGUGAAACUGGCGGACGUCAACGACAACAAACCAGAGAUCAACAUCAAUUUGAUGACUCCAGGGAAGGAAGAGGUGGCAUACAUUUCCGAAGGUGCUCCUGUAGACACGUUCAUUGCGCUGGUUAGGGUGGACGAUGGUGACGCAGGGUUGAACGGGGAGGUGGUGUGCCGGCUUCAUGGCCAUGGGCACUUCCGACUGCAGAAGACUUACGAGAAGAACUACAUGAUCCUCACCAACGUGUCUCUGGACCGGGAGAAGAGGUCUGAGUACAGCCUGACAGUCAUCGCUGAGGACAAGGGAUCGCCGAGUCUGUCCACCGUCAAACACUUUACUGUGCAGGUCUUGGACGAAAAUGAUAACCCACCGCGUUUCGAAAAGAACCGCUACGAAGUGUUCAAGUCUGAAAACAACUCCCCCGGGGCCUUCCUCAUGACCGUAGUGGCUUCAGACGCCGACCUGGGCACCAACGGGCAGGUGACGUACAGCGUGAUUGACACUCUGGUCCAGGGAAGUCCCAUCUCCACCUACGUCACUGUGGACCCUUCCAAUGGAGCCGUGUAUGCCCUGCGCAGCUUCGACCACGAGGACGUCAGCCGCAUUGCCUUCACGGUACAGGCGCGCGAUGGAGGGAACCCACCACUAUCCACCAACUCCACCGUGCUGCUCACCGUGUUGGAUGAGAAUGACAACGCCCCAGUCAUCCUGACUCCUGCCCUCCGCAACCACACGGCUGAGCUGCCCGUGUGGAGGUAUGCCUCCCCCGGACAGCUGGUCACGGCGAUGAAGGUGAGCGACCGGGAUGCUGGCGCCAAUGGGGAACUGAGCUGCUCUAUUGUGUCCGGUAACGAGGAGGGGUUGUUUGUAAUGGACCCCCGCCGCUGUGAGCUGCGCACCAACGCCAGUCUGGAGCAGGUGAACAGGGACGUGGUGGAAAUCCGGGUGGAAGUCCAGGACAGAGGCACCGUACGGCUGACCACUGGGGCUGUAUUCAGGCUAGGAUUACAGGAAACCAUGGAGGUCCUGGCUCCGCUAUACCCGUCGGGCUCAGGCCAGGCCACUCUGGACCUGUCCCUCAUUGUCAUCAUCUCCCUGGGGGCCGUGUGCGCUCUGCUCUUGGUGGUCAUGGUCAUGUUUGCCACGGCCCGUUGCAGCCGCGAUAAGAAAGACCCGCGCCGCAACUACAACUGCCGCACGGCCGAGACCAGCUACCAGAACCGGCCCAAGAAGCCUUCGCGGCAGAUCCACAAGACCGACAUCACCCUGGUGCCCACGGUGAACGGGUCGCUCCCCGUCAGAGCUCAUCCGCGCUCACCAUCCGCCUCACCCGCACCCGACCGUGGCACCCUGGCCAGCCGGCAGAGCCAUCACAGCCGCCAGUCACUCAACAGCCUCGUCACAAUCUCAUCCAACCACGUGCCUGAGAACUUUGCACUGGAGCUGGCCCACGCUACACCCCCAGUGGAGGGCCAGUACCAGCCUCGGCCGAGUUUCCGCGGCAACAAGUACACACGCAGCUACAGAUAUGCGCUGAACGAGAUGGAUAAGUUCAGCCUGAAGGACAGCGGUCGUGGAGACAGCGAGGCGGGGGACAGCGACUAUGAGCCCGGCAGGGAGUCACCCAUGGAGAGGCUGCUGGGCGAGGGGUUUGGAGAUACCUUCCACGGCCACGACGGACCACACCGGCCCCAUGCAGGCAUGAGGCUGUGCACAGAGGAGUGCAGGGUCCUGGGACACUCGGACCAGUGCUGGAUGCCCCCCCUGGCCUCACCCUCCCCCUCCUCGUCCUCCGACUACAGGAGCAACCUCUACAUCCCCGGAGAGGAGGCUCGGCAACCCACAGACCUACCCCGUGAGAGCGCUCCUGUGCCCUGCACCGACCGCAACCAAAGCUUCUCAACGUUUGGCAAGGAGCUGAGCGGAGAGGAGAGGGAGGCGGAGGUAGGCACGCCUCUGCGGGACCAGGACGUGUGCGGGACGUCAUCGCUGCUGUCAGAGAUGAGCAGCGUGUUCCAGAGGCUGCUGCCCGCCGGCCUGGACACAUACACGCAGGUAAACGAGGGUCAGCGGAGCAGCAGCCUGAGCGGGAUGGGGGUCCCUCUCAGCGGCUCUCUGGACCGCAGAAGAGGCCACCUGCCGGGUAAGGCCAGCCCUUCUGUGCACCAGCAGGGCGUAGCAGCCUGGGCAGCGAACACACACUUCCAGAACCCCAGUAUGGGUCACCCUCAUCCCGGGGCCUACCACACCCUCAAGCCCAGCACCAAACUGAGCCCCCAGCCCAGCUCUAGCUCCACCCCUCUGCUUACAGCAAGCCCUGCAACGCCUGCCCCACUGCCGACGCCCAUGGCCAAGUGGCUGCCGGCCAUGGAGGAGAUCCCAGAGAACCACGAGGAGGACGAGUGUGAGUGUGUGCUUGCGCCCCUGCAGGCCAAGCGCUGCGACAGCAGCAGCAGCCGACACACGCUGGUGGAUGCCAGUGAGCUGGUGGCUGAGAUCAACAAACUCUUACAGGACGUGAGGCAGAGCUAG